CCCUGCAUCAGCCGCCUCUGCUGCCUGGCGCGGCGCUGGAACCAGCUGGACCGCUCCGACGUGGCAGUGCCGCUGACCCUGCACAGCUACUCGGACCUCGAGAGUGAGGAGCCGGGCCCAGGCGGCGCCGCUUCCCGCAGGGGCCCGUCCCCUGCAGGCGCCCGGGACCCCGGCCGGGACGUGCCGCUCACUCAGUACCAGCGGGACUUCGGCGUGUGGACGGCGCCCGCGGGGCCCAGAGAUGCUUCGCAGGGGCGCGGGUCGGGUGCGGGCGGCCGCAGGAACAAGCCCCCCGCGGCCCCUGGCCGGGGUGUCUACGUGCUCCCCAUCGGCGACGCGGACUCGGCUGCGGUAACCACGUCUUACAGGUAUGGGGCUUCGGGCAGGGGAGCGCGUCGAGUCGGGACCCCGUGGUAGGAGGAAACGGAGGCCGUGAACCAUGAGGACCAGCUUGGUGGGGAGGGAGAAGGCACCUGGAGCCUCCAUCCCACAGCACUUGGAGAGCUGUAGGCGGCCUCGGAGGUCCUCCCCUUUGGUCCCCGGGCACUGCGAGAUGUCGCCUUCGCUGUUCCCUGACCAGCCUCAGAGUGAAUGAGUGAGCACCUCUGCUGCUGACAGGGAGCUCACUACCUUGCUCACAGCCCCCUCCCCUCUCCCUCUCUGGGGCAGCCCUACCAGAAAGCCCUGCCUUCAACUGAGUUAAAAUCGGCUUUAACUUCCACCAGGUGGGCUAGCGAAAGGCAGGGUGCGUGCAGGCCAACUGCCAGAGCUCCCCCUGCCCGGUGCCCUCCGUGGAGGCAUUGGUGGUGAGGACCAGCCGGGGCUCCCAGUAGAUGGCCCCCUGGGGAUCUCGCCACGUGACUGAGCUCUACGGGUCCACCCUGCCCCCACCUUAGCUCUGGCCCUGGACAACUGAGGGCUUUCUUCUUUGUCUUAUUACAAAAGUAAUAUAAACUCACUGUAGAAAAACUGGAAAUUACAACAAAUUAAUUCCUUUAACCUCACCCAAACUGGUAGUUCUUUCUGAUCCUUAACCCUUGAGUUCAUAUCCAUUUGUAAUUCUUAUAGGUUUAGAUUCUGUACACAUUUUUCCAUCAAUUUUGGAUUUUUGCAUGUUACUAGAUAUUUUUUUUACAACACGAAUUUUAGUAGAUGUGCAGUGUUCUAUCCUAGGGAUAUACAUUUGUCCAUAUAUUGAUAUAUAUGUCCAAUUAUUAAUCUGUCAUUAUUGAAUAUUUAGGAUGUUUCUAAUUUGGGACCAUUAAAAACACUUCUUUUGAUCCAGUACUUCAUUUCCAGGAGUUUUCCUUGCAAGUAUCCUUGAAUGUGGGGUGGGAGUUAAGGAAUAUAAGGUAUGUUGCAACACUGUACUGCAGAAGCUGGAAACAAUCCCACCGUCCUACUGAUGUAGCUGGUUAAUUAUAGCUCUACCAUAGGAUGGGCUACUGGGAGGCCUACGAUGUACUCAUAGCGGAAGGUCUGAAGAUCUUGGAUGGGUACGUGUCAAAAAAACAAAAUGCAGAACAGUGUGUCUGCUGUUUGUGUUUUUAAAAGGGGAUAUUGAUAUACACGUAUCUGCUCAAAUAAGCACAGAUAUCUCUGGAUGGAUGUGUGGAAACACAGGAACCU